AUGCGAGACUGUCCCCAACAGCUCCCAGGAACAACAUCACAGCUCUCUGUCCAGAAGACUCCGGUGCUAGAAACAGCUACUUUCCCUUAUGGCUCCCUUGACCCAAACAGAACUGAGAAAAGGCUAUUUCCUCACUUGUAUCAGAUGGUCCCCAAUGAAAUCCUGGAGUAUUCUGGGAUUGUCCGAUUGCUUCUUCAUUUCAGGUGGAUUUGGAUUGGGCUGAUUACCUGGGACUACAUCCCUGGAGAAAGAUUUUUGCAAAUAUUAUUGCCCAUGCUUUUCCUCCAUGGCAUCUGUACAGAUUUUAUUGUAAAGAUACCGACAUGGAAUUAUGUUGCUCAAAAGUCAACAUUAUUUUAUAACAGAUUGAAGGAAAUUUCAAUAGUCAUGAAAAGCAAAGCCAAUGUGUUUGUUAUCAGUGGUGGUCUUUUACCAAUGUGUGCACUCUAUUGGUAUCUUUAUACAACACCCCUGCAUUCACCUCUAGGUAAAGUAUGGAUUGUGACCACAUGCUGGGCUUUCAAAAGAAUCACCAUCCAGAACAACUGGGAUAUACAAUUCUUCCAGGGUGUCCUAUCCCUGUCACUUCACUCAAAUGAGCCUGCAGGAUUCAGGACAUUUCUUCAUGGUCUCAAUUCUCUGUGGGCAAAAGAAGAUCCUUUUCUCCAUGAUUUCUGGGAAAAGGUCUUCAAGUGCUCUCUGAAAGAUCUUCAUGGCAUUGAUGAGCUCCAGCCAGUUUGUACAGGAGAAGAGAAUCUGGAGAGUCUUCCAGGGACUUUCUUUGAAAUGAGCAUGACUGGCCACAGCUAUGCCAUCUACAAUGCUGUCCAGGCUGUGGCACAUGCUCUACAUGAUCUUUUUCAAUCUGGAUCCAAAAUCAGAUUGCAAGGACUUGGAAGGAAGCUGACUCCCCAGAAUCUCCAGCCAUGGGAGCUCCAUCACUUUCUAAGGAGAAUCUCGUUCAACAACAGUGUUGGAGAGCCAAUAUCUUUUGACAACAAUCAAGAAUUAAUUGCAGGAUUUGAUAUUAUAUACUGGAUAACUUUCUCAAAUCAGUCGUUUCUUCGAGUCAAAGUAGGAAAGUUGAAUCCUUGGGCUCCCUUGCAUGAAGGCAUAACAAUUCGGGAUGAAAGCAUUGUGUGGCACAGAAAUUUUAACCAGAUCCUUGUGUUUAUUGAUGAAGUUGUAACUCAAUCCCUGAUAAUCCCUCACAUCUUUGUUAAUGGAAUAAAUUAUCAGCCCGUCCUUGGCUCUAAUGGCUUUGUGAUGCCAAAGAACUACCAGUACAUUCUGGCUCUCGUAUUUGCAAUAAAUGAGAUCAAUGAGGAUUCCAUGAUUCUUCCCAAUGUCACUCUGGGUUUGCAUAUCUUUGACAACUACUGCAGUGGACAGAUCACAUAUAAAGCCACCCUGCGCCUGCUUUCCACAAAGAGCAGAUUUGUCCCCAACUACAAGUGUGACCCCGAGGACCGUUUGAUAGCUGUCAUCGGAGGGCUUGAUUCUGAAACCUCUCGUUACAUGGCUACAAUAUUAAAUGUUUACAAGAUUCCACAGAUCACUUAUGGAUCACUUGUUUUAGGACUGAGUGAUGAAACUCUUCUUUCUUCCAUAUAUCGGAUGGUUCCAAAUGAAUUCAAUCAGUACAUUGGGAUUGUUCAGUUGCUGAUAUAUUUUAGAUGGACAUGGGUUGGCCUCUUUGCGGUGGAUGAUGACAAUGGAGAAAGAUUUUUCCAAGCCAUGGUGCCUAUGCUUUUUGCAAAUCAUAUCUGCUUUGCAUUUAUCAAAGCAACACCCAAAUGGUCUGAUGUGGCUGAACUGUUAGACUUAUUUCUAGAUGAUCUGGAGAAAUUUCCCGGUCUCAUGAAAAGCAAAGCCAAUGUAUUUAUUGCCCAUGGUACACUGAUAUCCAUGCUUAAUUUAAUCUGGUAUCUUCAGAUGGCCGCCUUGGAUUCACAAACUGGUAAGGUGUGGAUUAUGACAGAACAGUGGGAUUUCACAUUAACUGACUAUCAGAAGAACAUGGAUAUUCAUCCUUUCCAAGGUGCUAUAUCUUUUUCAGUACAUUCAAAUGACAUACCAGGAUUUAAGGCAUUUCUUGAGAAGGUAAAGCCUUUCUGGAGAAAAGAAGAUGGUUUUAUCCAGGACUUUUGGGAAAAGGCUUUUAGCUGUUCAUUGAAAAAUUACAAGAUGGCUGAAGAUGAGGAGCCCAAGAAAGAGUGCACAGGAGAGGAGAAACUGGGGAACCUCCCAAGGACUUUCUUUGAAAUGAAAAUGACUGGCCACAGCUAUAAUAUCUAUAAUGCUGCCCAUGCCAUUGCACAUACUCUACAUACUAUUUAUGAAGCUAGAGCAAAAUACAGAAGAAGGGUGCCUGGAGGAAUCCUGAGGUUUUGGAAUCUCCAGCCACAACAGCUCCAUCCCUUUCUAAGAGGUAUCUCAUUCAACAACAGUGCUGGAGAAAUGGUGCAUUUUGAUGAAAAUGGUGAACUAGUAACUGGAUUUGAUGUUACAAACUGGGUAACUUUCCCCAAUCAAUCAUACGUUAGAGUCAAAUUUGGAAGUCUGGAUCCUCUGGCUCCUCAAGGCAAAGAAUUGUCCAUUCAUGAUGAAAGCAUUGUGUGGCACAGAAGGUUUAACCAGGUGUUGCCAAUUUCUGUAUGUAAUGACCACUGUCAUCCUGGUCUCCAUAAGAGAAAAAAGGAAGGGGAGCCAUUUUGUUGCUAUCAUUGUGUACCAUGUCCAGAAAGAAAGAUUUCUACCCAGAAAGAUAUGGAUUUCUGCACUGAAUGUCAAGAAGAUGAAUAUUCAAAUUUUGAACAGAACCAGUGCAUCCCAAAGCUUUUAAACUAUCUCUCCUAUGAAGAGCUGCUAGGGAUCACUUUAAUGGGGUCUUCUAUUUCUUUUGCUCUGACAACAGUUUGGGUACUUAGAACUUUUUGGAAGCACCAGGACACUCCUAUAGUCAGAGCAAACAACCGAAGCCUCACCUACACUCUUCUCUACUCUCUUUUCCUUUGCUUCCUCUGCUCUCUCCUCUUCAUUGGAAAACCAGCACCUGUCACAUGUCUUCUCCGACAAACAGCCUUUGGCAUUGUCUUCUCUUUGGCCGUUUCCAGUGUUUUGGCUAAAACAAUUACCGUCGUUCUGGCCUUUGUGGCUACCAAGCCUGGGUCCAAGAUGAGGAAAUGGGUAGGGAGAAGGUUAGGAGAUACCAUUGUCCUUUCCUGCUCCUCUAUCCAAGUGUGCAUUUGUUCUCUUUGGCUGUUUACGUCCCCACCAUUCCCAGAUAGGGAUUUACACUCUCUCCAUCAGGAAAUCAUCCUGGAAUGUAAUGAGGGCUCAGCUACCAUGUUUUGCCUUGUCUUGGGCUACAUGAGCUUCCUGGCCAUGGUCAGCUUCUCUGUGGCUUUCUUUGCCAGGAAGCUACCUGACAGUUUCAAUGAAGCCAAAUUUAUCACCUUCAGCAUGUUGGUCUUUUGCAGUGUUUGGUUGUCUUUUGUUCCAAUGUACCUGAGCGCCAAAGGAAAAUAUGUGGUGGCUGUGGAGGUCUUCUCUAUCUUAACUUCGAGUGCUGGGUUGUUGAGUUGCAUCUUUUUCCCUAAAUGCUACCUAAUUGUAUUCAGGCCUGAACUGAAUAACAAGGAGCAACUAAUAAGGAGACAAUGCUUGGUCAUACAGUAUAAGAAACAAUUUAUCUAG